AUGGGAGCUACAAAGAUCGAUGGGAAGGCAAUUGCCCAGAAGAUAAGAGAACGGCUGGCGGCAGAGAUCCGAGAGAGACAAAGGGUCAACCCACGAUAUAUGCCGUGCUUGAAAAUCAUCCAAGUCGGUGAUCGACCAGAUUCGACCACUUACGUGCGAAUGAAGCUGAAGGCAGCUGAAGAAGCGGGCAUUGACUGUGCUCUGAUCCAUCUCCCUGACACAAUUUCAGAGCCUGAACUAGUACAGCAGAUCAUUGGCUUCAACAAUGAUCCUUCUGUACAUGGCAUUCUCGUCCAACUACCUCUCCCCAAACACCUUUCCGAGCAUACGAUCACUUCCUCUGUUGUGGAUGAGAAGGAUGUAGACGGGUUUGGGGCUAGAAAUAUUGGAGAGCUCGCAAAGAGAGGCGGCAAACCUUUCUUCGUCCCCUGCACCCCGAAGGGAGUCAUGGUGUUGUUGCAAGAGAGUGGCGUUGAGCCCAGGGGCAAGACUGCUGUUGUCCUCGGUCGUAGCGACAUCGUGGGCAGUCCGGUCAGUUAUCUCUUGAAGAAUGCCGACGCCACGGUGACUGUCUGCCAUUCCAAAACCCAACACAUCGAAGAUGUUGUCAAACAAGCCGAUAUUUUGGUUGCCGCUAUCGGCCAGCCAGGCUUUGUUAAGGGCGAUUGGUUGAAGCCAGGAGCUGUGGUCAUUGACGUCGGCACAAAUUACAUUUCUGAUGCCUCAAAGACCUCGGGACAUCGGCUCGUUGGCGAUGUUGAAUUCGAGACAGCUGUUCAGGUUGCCUCUCAAAUCACGCCAGUCCCCGGUGGUGUUGGCCCUAUGACAGUUGCGAUGCUCAUGCAAAAUGUCGUCGAUUCCGCCUCAGCUUACUUUGAGAGACUCAAAGCGAGGCACGUCACUCCGAUGCCAAUUAAGCUUCAAAAGCCGGUACCGUCUGAUAUUGAAAUUUCCAGAUCGCAGCAUCCAAGGCAUAUCACACAAAUUGCUGCCGAUAUUGGCAUUGCACCUCAUGAGUUGGAACCCUACGGUGCUCACAAAGCCAAAGUUGACCUGUCGAUUCUCUCAAGGCUGGCGCAUCGUCGUGACGGAAAAUAUGUCAUGAUCAGUGGUAUCACUCCAACUCCACUUGGAGAAGGGAAAUCUACCACAACAAUGGGCCUUACACAGGCUUUGGGAGGUCACUUAGGAAAAGUGGUAUUUGCUAAUGUUCGACAACCAAGUAUGGGGCCGACCUUUGGCAUCAAAGGUGGUGCAGCAGGCGGUGGCUACAGUCAAGUUAUUCCCAUGGAUGAGUUCAACCUUCAUCUAACGGGUGACAUCCACGCAAUUUCAGCUGCGAACAACCUUCUAGCUGCUGCUAUUGAUACACGCAUGUUUCACGAAGCUACGCAAAAAGAUCGCGCGUUGUACAAAAGAUUGGUACCCAGUAAGAAUGGGAAGCGCGAGUUUGCUCCGGUCAUGCUCCGAAGACUCAAGAAGCUGGGAAUCGACAAAAUGAACCCUGAUGACCUGACUGACGAGGAGAUUCGCCGGUUUGCACGGCUAGACAUCGAUCCAGAAACAAUUACCUGGAGGAGGGUCGUUGAUGUCAACGACAGGCUCCUGAGAGGCGUCACGAUCGGCCAAGGUCCCCUUGAGAAAGGCCUUACCAGACGGACAGCAUUCGAUAUUUCUGUUGCAAGCGAGUGCAUGGCCAUUCUUGCACUGAGCAACGACCUGAGAGACAUGCGGGAGCGGCUUGGUCGAAUAGUAAUCGGCUUUUCAAAAGCUGGAGACCCUAUUACUUGCGACGAUAUUGGCGCCGGCGGUGCCAUGACUGCUCUCAUGAGGGAUGCUAUCAAGCCCAACCUAAUGCAGAGUUUGGAGGGAACCCCCGUCUUCGUCCAUGCUGGGCCAUUUGCAAACAUCAGCGUUGGCAACAGCUCCAUUCUAGCUGACAGGCUGGCUCUGAAGCUUGCAGGGACCGAACCUGACGAAGAUCACGAAGCCAAGGCUGGCUUUGUCGUCACUGAAGCUGGUUUUGAUUUCACCAUGGGCGGUGAAAGAUUCUUCAACAUCAAGUGUCGAAAUUCGAGUCUUGUCCCCGAUGUCGUUGUCGUUGUUGCCACAAUUCGGGCGCUGAAAGUCCACGGUGGUGGUCCAGAUAUCUCACCAGGAUCUCCGCUUCCGGAAGCAUACCGCACAGAAAACACUGAAAUGUUACGCGCUGGCUGUGUCAACCUCAGAAAACACAUUGCGAAUGCAAGAUCCUACGGCAUCCCAAUCGUUGUGGCGAUCAACAAGUUCGACACUGAUACCGAGGCUGAGUUCAAAGUCAUUGAAGAGGAAGCACUCGCUGCCGGUGCGGAGGCAGCCGUACCCGCGACCCAUUGGGCUGAAGGGGGUGCGGGUGCGGUUGACUUGGCCAAGGCAGUAAUUGAGGCUUCUUCAAAGCCAAAAGAUUUCAGGUUCCUGUAUGGUCUUGAAGGGACUGUUCAAGAACGCGUUGAGAAGAUUGGGAAAGAGAUGUACGGGGCAGGAGCGGUCGAGUUUAGCGAGUUGGCACAGAAAAAGGUCGACAUGUACACUAAAAACGGCUUUGGGAAUCUACCCAUAUGCAUUGCAAAGACUCAAUACUCACUGAGUCACGACCCGGCAUUGAAGGGGGCGCCAACUGGGUUCACGGUCCCGAUAAGCGACGUGAGGUUGGCCGUCGGCGCAGGCUACCUAUAUGCAUUGGCUGCGGAUAUUCAGACUAUCCCUGGUCUUCCAACAGCGCCAGGAUAUCUGAAUGUCGACGUGGACCCUGAAACUGGUGAGAUAGAUGGGCUGUUCUGA